UACAAUGAUGUGCAUGUGAAUUUCACUCGAGAAGAGUGGGCUUUGCUGGAUCCUUCCCAGAGGAAUCUCUACAAAGAUGUAAUGCUGGAGACCUACAGGAACCUCACUGCUAUAGGCUACAAUUGGGAAAGUCAUAAUAUAGAAGAGCAUUUUCAAAAUUCUAGAAGACAUGCAAGACAUAAAAGGAUACAUAGAGGAGAGAAACAUCAUGAAUGUAACCGAUGUGGUAAAGCCUUUCUACGUAACAGUCAUCUCCUAAUACAUAAAACAACUCACACUGGAGAGAAACUUUAUGAGUGUAAUGAAUGUGGUAAAGCCUUUGCAUGUAACAGUCAUCUCCUGCUACAUAGAAGAACUCACAGUGGAAAGAAACCCUAUGAAUGUAACCAAUGCGGUAAAGCCUUUGCACGUAACAGUAGUCUUCUAGUACAUAAAAGAACUCACACUGGAGAGAAACCUUAUGAAUGUAACCAAUGUGGUAAAGCCUUUGCAUGUAGCAGUAGACUUCUAGUACAUAAAAGAACUCACAGUGGAGAGAAACCUUAUGAAUGUAACCAAUGUGGUAAAGCCUUUGCAUGUAACAGUAACCUUCUAGUACAUAAAAGAACUCACACUGGAGAGAAACCUUAUGAAUGUAACCAAUGUGGUAAAGCCUUUGCAUGUAGCAGUAGACUUCUAGUACAUAAAAGAACUCACAGUGGAGAGAAACCUUAUGAAUGUAACCAAUGUCAUAAAGCCUUUGCAUUCAAGAGUAGUCUUCUAGUACAUAAAAGAACUCACAGUGGAGAGAAACCUUAUGAAUGCAUCCAAUGUGGUAAAGCCUUUGCACAGAACAGUAGUCUUCUAGUACAUAAAAGAACUCACACUGGAGAGAAACCUUAUGAAUGUAACCAAUGUGGUAAAGCCUUUGCAUGUAACACUGGUCUCCUAGUACAUAAAAGAACUCACAAUGGAGAGAAACCUUAUGAAUGUAACCAAUGUGGUAAAGCCUUUGCAUGUAACAGUAACCUUCUAGUACAUAAAAGAACUCACACUGGAGAGAAACCUUAUGAA